AUGGAGAACUUGAGUCACCCCGUUCCAGAGCGUGGCCGCCCCACUCGAGCCGCAUUCAAGGGCAAUUCCAGGCAGGAGACAGCCUAUACUAUUCGAGUCGCACUGGCCAAAGUCCGUCAGAAAUACCUUCAUCCACCGUUACCACCAGAUCACACCCGGCUCAUACUGCUGCAUCCUCCCGCCAAUGGUGUGGACGAGCUGAACAUAGAGCUUGUUCCGGUUGCGUACGAUGAUCUUGGCACUCGCUACCAGUAUGAAGCUCUUUCAUAUCAUUGGGGCAGCGCAGAACAGGGUCUUCGGACUGUCUACGUGCGGCGCAAUCAGGACAAUGGCGCCGCGGUCGGAGUCCCAGACUCGGGCGCCCAAGCUACGUUGAGAAAUGUGGCCAGCAAGGCACAUAAGGCACUCAUUAAAAAGAUUUGGCUCAGGACCAGCCUGUACAUGGCUCUACGAAGGCUCAGAUUACCUACUCGUCCAGUGCUUCUUUGGAUUGAUUUCAUAUGUAUCGAUCAGGACAACAACAAAGAGAAGGAAGAGCAAGUCGCUCGCAUGGUAGACAUUUACUCUCGGGCCAACCGAGUCGUCAUCUGGCUGGGUGACGAAGACGCCAGGUCCAGGAAUGCGAUGCAAUUUAUCCAAGACAUUGUGAAGGUCGACAGCCUGGAUGGGUUGGUAGCUGACCAGAAGACCAUCAAAAGCUGGGGAGAUCUUAUGCAUCUCAUGCAGAAUCCGUGGUUCAGUCGUCGCUGGGUGAUUCAAGAGAUGGCGUACGCUCAGCAGGCUACCGUACACCUGGCAGAAAUCGCUAUACCUUGGGACGAUCUCCGCGAUGCUGUCAGCUUGUUCGUAUUAAAUCUCGACAAGAUCAGAACUCUGCUACAACCCCUACUAGAGUUGUCCACCGGACUUGGCCAUGGAGUUCUACUGCACGAUCAUCUGGGUAGCAUGGAUUUCCUACUGCGGAACAACCUGGACAGCUUGCCGGCCAAAGUCUUCAUCGACAUCCUCGACUACAUGUUCCGAAAACCGAAAAACGGACUCCGACCAAAUCCAACGCACGGGCUGGAGUUCCUGACCGCCACCUUGUACAUCUACCAAAAUUCGGACCCGAGGGACACAAUUCAUGCUCUCCGCAGCAUCGCCUUGGAAACCUCGACGGCGACCAUUGACAGCACUAUUCUGCCGCCACCCAAACCGGACUACACUCUUGACUUGUUGGAUGUCUACACCGGAUUCGUUCGGUGGGUGGUUGAAACCACGGGCAGUAUUGACAUUCUCUGCCGCCAUUGGGCACUCCCGGAACGUGAGAAAGGUGCUACCAAUUACCCUGCUCCCGUUGAGCUACCCUCGUGGAUCAGAAUCGCUUCUGACGAGGAACGGUCGAGAAGAGGCGUUAAAAGUGACAGCCUAGUUGGCCUACCUGGCCAACGGAUAUACGAUGCUUCGAAGUCCUCGAGAGCCAAGGUCGACUUCAGUCCUCAGCACUUUGAGUCUCCCAUCCCGAUUAUGGGAGGAUCGUGGCAAGAUGACCAAACGCAGGAAGGAGACGCGAAGGACGCUUCGAUUAAUGUCAGAGGCAUACUGAUCGGUUCCUUGGACUGGACUACAGAUCCAAUCACAGACGGUGUCGUUCCCGAGGUUGCGCUGCGAAAACUCCGUGCCGCCACGCCUGGCGAAGAAGUUCCGGAUCAGCUCUGGCGCACCCUCGUCGCGGAACGAGGUGAGGAUGGUCGAAAUCCUCCGCCGUGGUACUACCGUGCAUGUCGAUACUGUCUGACGAACAAGUCGCCAAACGGCCACCUGAACACGGAUAAGCUACUAACCCAAACGCAACCCGGGAUCGUGAGGGCAUUCCUCCAGCGCGUGCAGGCGGCGACGUGGAAUCGCCGUGUCGUGGAAGUGGACGUUGUCGAUGCACGGCCUUUGUACGGUCUCGCGCCGGCCGGGUCGCGAAAAGGCGAUUUGGUGUGCGUCCUCUUCGGCUGUAGUGUGCCGUGUGUACUGCGUCUGUGCCAGGAAGACGAUGGGCGAUACUACUUCGAGUUCAUUGGAGAGGCUUGUGUCUAUGGUCUCAUGGACGGCGAGGCAAUUGCUUCCUUGACUGGUGCUGAGCUGGAGUUGAGAUCGUAUGACUUUCGACUACUGUGA